GAUGACAAUUAACAUCGCUCACCCACCAUCCAUUCUUGAACCAAACAACACAGAGUUUUUUGCAGCUGAAAUUCUUCACAAAACCUGCGAAAUCUUUGAUUUGAUAGAGAUAAAAUCAAAUGGGCACAAUUAUGCAAUGUGUUUACAGCCUUUCUUGGAGGAAUUGGCAACCAGUUGCUCAAGGAAAAGGUGAGUCGGGAACAAGGGCGGCAGAGAAUCAAUCUGGUGGCGUUAAAAAAGUUGAAUUUGGAGUGGUGACCAAUCGAAGGGCGGUGAUUGCAUCUGGGGUUGCUGUGAUUUCAAGUGCAGCAGCAUUCGGAUUUGCCGGCGAUGGAUUAGCAGUGGUCAAACAAGGUCUUCUUGCCGGGAGGAUUCCUGGUUUGUCUGAACCUGAUGAACAAGGUUGGAGAACUUACCAAAGGCCAGACGAUAAAUCCGGCGGCCAUGGCGUCGGGUGGAGCCCCAUCAUACCGUACAAAUUCUCCGUGCCUGCGCCUGGCGAAUGGGACGAGGUUCCUGUGUCGAUUGCUGAUCUAGGAGGGACGGAGAUCGACCUGAGGUUCGCCAGCCCCAAAGAGGGACGCCUCUCUGUCGUAGUCGCUCCCGUCUUGAGAUUUGCAGAUGAUCUCGGUGAUAAUGCCACGAUAGAUCGGAUAGGGACUCCGGAGAAGGUCAUAAGCGCGUUCGGGCCAGAGGUGAUCGGAGAGAACGUUGAAGGGAAAGUCGUGAGCUCCCAAGUCGCGGUGCACGAGGGAAGAACGUAUUACCAGUUCGAGCUGGAGCCGCCUCAUGUUAUAAUCACGGCAACGGCGGCAGGCAACCGCCUCUACUUGUUCAACGUGACCGGAAAUGGACUCCAAUGGAAGAAGCACUACAAGGAUUUGAAGAGGAUAGCCGACUCCUUUAGGGUCGUCUAAUCUAAUAUAGUACAAGAAAGGAUAGUGAAUACUUGAGAAUUGCUAUGUAAGUAUAUUUGAUUAUUAUCUACCAUGUUUGAGUGAUAGAACAGGGAUCCUCUUCUAUUGUAUUAUUUUGUGUUAUGUUACACUUAUAGACUAUCUUAUAUAGAGUGUGUGUGCAUUCGGUUUC